ACACCUGUUUGUGUUCAGAUGGAGCAGCACGCUAGUCUUUCUACUAACAGAAAAGUUCCAGCCAAAGAGGAAGGUGAUGCUGUGCCUCUUUGUCCAGCAAAACCCUCCCCCAGCUAUGUCAGUCUUCAAUCAGGUUCCCCACCAGCCACUUUUCUGAACAUCCAGACAACAAAGCUGCCCUCAGGAGUUAACCACAAACCCAAGGAAUGCCUAGGCCUCCUAGAAUGUAUGUAUGCCUGUCUCCAGCUUCAGACCCAGCUUGCCCAACAACAGAUGGCUAUUUUGGAAAAUUUACAGGCAUCUGUGACACAACUGGCUUCUGGGAGGGAAAGCAAGAACUCUUCUCUCCCAGCCUUAUCUCGUAAUCUGUUGUUAAAACACCUGCCCCAAUUCAGUAAAUGA